CUCAAUUGUAUGCGUUAUUCAUGGUGAUUUCCUCCGCGUGGUUUAAAAGCAAGAAGUGGUAAGAAGUUAACUGUUCAAAAUCCAAAUAAAUAAUCCAGACAUUAUUAGUUGAAAUCAUGAAAAAUUUGGCAGUUCACCGACAAUAUCGUCGAAGUUUGCAAUGUAUAGAAGAUAUUAAGACACAUUUGAAAGAAUCUUCGAAGAUAUAUUGCACUGUGAAUCCACAUACUGAUGACUUAUACAUUUUAUUGGGAAAUCAGCUGUAUACAGUAUCAAAUAAUUCCACAGAAAAUAUAAAUAAUUUAACUAUUAUUGAACAUGAAGAGAGUUUCAAGAUUGUUGCAUUAGAAUAUAGCAUUAUAUCACAAGAGUUAUACUGUGCAUAUGAGGUUGGCGAUAUUGCCAGGAUAAAUAUAAACAAUAAAGACAAUAUUGAAUACGAGAUAAUAUUUACACACGAUGCUGGCCUACAGUGUAUGAAACUUAGUCCGGAUCAUGAAAUAAUUACAGCUGUAAGAAAUGAUGGAAAUGUGAUUACUAUGAUGUCAGAUUAUUUUCAAAUAAUAUCAGAGGUAGAUUUAUAUUCAUCAAACUGUGAAGAACAAUUUGUUACUGUUGGUUGGGGAAAAAAAGAAACCCAAUUUCAUGGUUCUGAAGGUAAAGCAGCAGCCACAGCUAAACCAGAGCAAAUAAGUGUAAAUGAAUCAGAUGAUGGUUAUUCUCGUAUCACUUGGCGGGAGGAUGGUAGUUUAUUUGCUGUCAGUUUUCUACAUGAUGUAACAAAAAUUCGACAAUUUAAAGUAUUUAACAGAAAGGGUGUCUUGCAAUAUACCAGUGCAUUGACCAAUGGAUUGGAAGAAUGCUUGGCUUGGAAAUCGUCGGAAACUAUGAUUGCCACAACUUUAAGAUUGGUCAACAAGCAUGUUGUUGCAUUUUUUGAGAGAAAUGGCCUCAAGCACAGUGAAUUUUUACUUUCUUAUAAACCAGAUGAAAUAAUAGUGAAAGACUUACUUUGGUCACCAAAUGCAGAUAUCUUGGCUAUCAUCUGUGAACAACCAAAGAUGAGCAGUAUGGCACUGCAGUUAUGGACCGAAAAGAAUUAUCACUGGUACCUUAAACAGACUAUUGUCUUUGAUAUUGAUGAUCCACUGGUAUUUGCAAGAUGGAGCGUUAUUGGAAGAUCUGAAAAUGAAUUGAUUCUUAUGACAACAACAGAAAUUAUAUCUUGCUCUUUCAAUUGGUGCGUGAAUCAUAGCAAAGGCAAAAUUGUAGACGACAAAGCUGUGGUUGGUGUUAUUAACGGAAACAAAAUGCAAGUUACUGGUUUCAGAGAUGGAAUUGUUCCACCGCCAAUGGCGCAUCAAUCUUUGCAGCUUCAAGAAUCAGUAAAUGCAGUUGUCUUUGCACCAAGUAUUCUUGAUAAGACAUCUUCGAUAAACAGCAAUAUGUUUUGCACUGUUUCGUGUAAUAAUAAUUUGACGUUUUUCAAGCAAAUAACGAAUUCCUGCCCGUUGCAAUAUGAAGUCUUGAAGUCGUGCAACGUCGAAUGCAAUAUACUAAAAAUUGAUAAAUGCAUUUAUAGCAUGCAUCAUUUCUUGUGGCUUGCAGAAGAUACUAUGUUAUGUUCUAUAACUACAGCCACAUCUAAUUUCUUAUGCGUUUUAUCGCUAGAUAAAAUAAAUUCUAAAGAAAAUAGCCAUUUGACAAUACGAAAAACUUAUAUCAUGAAAAGUCCAAUAGAACAUAUAGUUCCUUCUCCAGAUGCAAAUGAAGCUUAUAUAAUAUCGGGUGGACUGGUAUUUAAAUAUUUUAAAAAUUGUAAAGAACUGGAACAAACAAUUACAUUAAAGGAAGCGUGCUACCAAGUAGAAGUUAUGAAAAUUGAUUCAAAGCACAUUAUCAUUGCUUUGUCUCAUCCAAACUGUUUUUUGAUUGACGGAAAGGAAGUUGCUAAGAACAUUACAAGUUUCUAUGUACAUUCUGAUUUCUUGCUUCUCUCAACAUUGCAACAUACAUUAAUCUGUCUUCCAUUGGACAAAAGCGGUAUGGAGCAGCUGAACAAACACGAUUUAACCAUUAAACCUUGGGAAAGUGGCAUUUUUGAGAAAUUUUCUGCUGGUAUCAGUAUUAGACGGAUUGAAAGAGGUUCUUACGUAAUGGCAGCAAUACCUCAAGACUCGAAAACAAUUUUACAGAUGCCUAGAGGAAAUCUAGAAUGUGUUCAGCCAAGGGCAUUAUCAUUGCAAAUAAUAGGACGUUUUCUCGAUAACUGUAAUUAUUACGCAGCGUUUGACGUCAUGAGGAAACAACGUAUAAAUUUGAAUUUAAUAUAUGACCAUAAUCCACAACUAUUUAUGGAUAACGCUGAUAAAUUCGUAGAAGAAAUUGCAAAUCCAAAUUGGUUGAGUUUGUUUCUGACAGAAUUACAAAAUGAAGAUAUCACGCGUACGAUGUAUGCGCAUUGUUAUCCGAAUCGUUCCGCAGAAUCGCUUGCAAUAUCAGAAAGUGACGAGUCCAAAAUUGAUAAAGUAGACCGGAUUUGUAAAUUAUUAAGAGAUAUUAUGGAAAAAUCGCACAGUGCAGCUGAUUUAGUACAACCGAUAUUGAUAAGCUUGGUGAAAAAUCAACAAAGGCAAGGAUUAGAAAAAGCACUUAGUAAAAUAAAGCAGAUCAAAAUGUCGGAGGAUUCACAAAAGUCAGCGCAGUGUUUUUCUUCAACAUCUUCCGAAGAUGCAUUAAAAUAUUUACGGCUUUUAGUAGACAUCAACGUUUUGUUUGAUACUGCAUUAGGCAUGUAUGAUUUUGAAUUGACAAUGUUUAUAGGCUCUAAAUCAUUGAAAGACCCCAAAGAGUAUAUUCCAUUUUUAAAUGGUUUGAAAAAACUAAAUGAAGAUUACAUGAAGUAUUCCAUUGAUAUGCACCUUAAACGUUAUGAAUCGGCACUCGAACACAUAUCCAAAGACUCAACCAAGUUUGAGGAAUGUUUGCAGUUGAUAUGUAAUCAGAAACUAUAUCCAAAAGCGAUGAAGUUGUUUAAGAAGAAUAAUGUAAAGCAUAGAAAAGUGGCUGAACUUUACGGGGAAUUUUUACUAAGUAGCAAUCAAUAUCAAGAAGCUGGUAUGAUGUUUUAUAGAAGCGGCAAUUUUAACAAAGCUUUACAAGCAUUUAGCAUGACAGGUAGUACUUGGCAAGACGCCAUUACAGUGUUAAGAGAAAUGAAAUUAAGUUUAAACGAUUUGUACGAGUGUUAUAAGGUGCUAGUGGAACGUUUAAAAGCAGAGCGAAGGUAUGAAGAUGCAGCUACAAUAUUGAAAGAUUACUUAAACGACACUGAAGAAGCUGUAGCACUAUUGUGCGAAGGAAGAAUCUGGAAACGUGCAAUAAGAAUAGCACACGAUAUCCAGCGGCUGGAUCUACAUGAAACUCACAUUAAACCCGGCGUAAAAGAACAUGCAGAACAUGUAAUAUCACAAUUGAGUAAAAUUAGAUCAGAUUUUCUGAGAUAUAAAUCGCGUCUUGCGUUAGUAAGAGCGGAAAUAAGUGCAAAACAAGCACGGCCAUAUGGCGAAUUAAUCUGUAAUGAUGGAGCAAUAUCUAGCAAAGAAGUCACUGAUUUCCUCAGCGAUACAAGCAGUGUGGUAGAUUCUGUUUCCAGUCGAAGAUCACGAACAUCUACAGCUUCUGGGAGAAGCUAUCGAUCAAGCAAAAACCGCAGAAAGCAAGAGAGGAAACUUUUGAACUUGAAGGAGGGCAGCAUGUUUGAAGAUUUAGGCUUAAUACACGCCCUUUAUCAAAUCAUUAGCAAUGCAUAUAAAGAGAAAGAUGAGUGGCACCAGCUUGUACAAGUGUUAAUACGUUUCACAUUUGAUGAAUAUGCGGAAAAACUCCAAAUUGAAUUAAACAAGUUCUUUCAAUUGAUAGAAAGUAGUAAAUCUGAAAUUUGGAACAAAUCUGCACCUACGAGUUUAACCGAGAUAGAAAAGAUGACGAAUUAUACACCGGCACAGCUUCAGGAAAUUACUGCACCUAUUAAAUUAGUAGAACGUUAUUUGACACAUCCACCUGAAAGUGAUGCAGUACAACGGAUAUCUUUUCAAAAUUUUUUCAGAAAUUAAUACAAAAAAAUUUUAUAAAUUACAUUAUUUUAUAAAAUACAUUCUU